AACUUUUCCCUCUGAGUUUCCACUGAAGAGACGGGGACGUGGGAGGCUUGGGAUGGGAUGAGGAGAUAAAAAGCGAGCUAAGAUGUGAAAGGAUGUGUGAGCUGUGAUAGUUCCCUGUUACGUGAUAAGGAAAACAUGGCGAAUUCAAGUUAUCUUAAUGCGACUGUUCCUUUAACCUCCGCUCAGGCUCACCGAACUGAGGUCCUGGAAAAUCCGCUCCAGACUUAUCUCCUGGGAAUCAUCAUCUCCAUGUGUGGGAAUGUCCUCAUCAGCAUUUCACUCAACAUACAGAAAUAUGCCCAUGUCCGUCAGGCCCAGCGUGGCUCCAAGCCCUAUUACACCUCUGCAAUGUGGUGGUGCGGUGUGGUUCUUAUGGGUGUUGGGGAAUUGGGGAACUUUGCUGCCUAUGGCUUUGCCCCAGCAUCACUCAUAGCCCCUCUGGGCUGUGUGUCUGUUAUAGCCAGUGCUGUCAUAUCUGUGGUUUUCCUCAAGGAGACGGUGCGUGCCUCUGACAUAGUCGGCGGUACUUUGGCAAUAACAGGAACGUACCUGUUGGUGACGUUUGCCCCCCAUACUUCAACACACAUCACAGCUCAUCUGGUCCAAUACUACACCAUCAGCUGGCACUUCCUGCUUUACCUUUUCAUAGAGGUCAUCCUCUUUUGCAUUCUGCUCUAUUUGUACAAGAUAAGGAAAGUGAAGCACAUCGUCAUUGUGAUGCUGUUGGUGGCCUUACUCGCAUCUCUCACAGUCAUCUCUGUCAAAGCUGUGUCAGGGAUGAUCACAGAGACGAUAAAAGGCCAGCUGCAGCUCAUCUACCCUAUCUUCUACGUCAUGCUUGUCGUCAUGGUGGCCUCAUGUGCAUUCCAGAUCAAAUUUCUUAAUCAGGCGAUGAAAAUGUUUGAUGCCACAGAAGUGGUUCCAAUCAACUUUGUCUUCUUUACUGCAAGUGCCAUCAUUGCAGGGAUAAUAUUUUACCAGGAAUUUGAAGGCUUGGCUUUACUGAACAUUUUUAUGUUCUUAUUUGGUUGUCUUCUGUCCUUUCUUGGAGUUUUUCUGAUAACCCGAAACAGACCAAAAAUAAAGCAGCAAGACCGCAAUUUCAUUGCAAUGGAUAGAAUUCCUGGGAGACGGCAUACAGACAAAGUGCAGCCUGAGGCAAAGGCUCAAACAUACGGAUCACUGGCAGCCAAACUCAUGUGCAACAGAGCUGGCCAAACAGACGACUCAUAGGACUGGCUCCAUCUGUUGGGACUGCUAUUUUGGUGGAUUUGUCUGUGUACAUGCAGGCCUUUUACUGGGUUCAACAUAAUCUUUAUUUAUAGAUAAAAUUAUCAUGGAGGCAACAACUGAAACCGGUGCCAGUGUUGGUGGAUUACAUUUGUUACCCAAUGUGGCGUCAAGUGGUGUAAAUGUCAACAAUACCUUGUGAGGAAAAAAAAACGGACAAAGAUGAGAUUAAACUCCUCAGGAUGAAAGUAUGACAGACACUUCACUAGCAACUACAUUUAUUUCCAGAGCUGUAAUAAGAAAGAAAGGUGACAGAUGCUUUUCAGAUUAACAAUUAUUUUAAUCAAGCAAAUAAACUGGUCUGUGUGUUUAAUUCAAGUCCAUGAUGCAAGUCUGAGGAUUUCAUCAUGCAGCACAAUAAGUGCACUAGUGCCCUCUGCUGGUGGGGGAGGGGCUCAGACGACGAUGCAGCUCUGUAGCUGUGCUGAUCCAAAGGGAAUUCACUAAAAGCAGUUAUUUUUCAUUCUUGGUGCUGUUUUAAGUAGCCAAUAUUGAUCAUCGGCAGAUUUUGAGUUUAAAUACAUACAUUUAUAACAAUGAGCUCCAUCUUCAUGAUGAUGUAAAAUGACUUGUUUUAUCACCAGUGCACAUCCCAUCUUUACCUCAGAUAAACCUCAGACUAUAUAUUUAACUGGUACCAAACAGUAGCGUUGCCAAGCAACAAAACUCUCUGCCACCUACACAUUAUGGGAUGUGUGGGAAACCACUGCUCAUGCCAGUAACUACCAGAGGAAUGAAAGUUAGAUCUGUUAGAUUAAUUUCCUUAUGAGAACCUUUAGUUAUAAUAAGCCAUUUUACACAAACAUUACAUGAUGUUUAGUUUGUUUUGUUUUUUUUUGUUUUUUUCUUUAUUAUGUUCAAACAAAACAUUUUUACUGAUAGGUUUGAUUUUUUAAAUAAUAGAAUAACCUGAACAUAAAUGUGCAGGGAUCAAAGAGGCUAUUUAAAUCCUUUUGGAAACCCAGUAAAGAAAAGUUUAUUAUUUCCUCCAGUUGCAGCAUUGGUCUGAUUCAUUUAGGGAGCUUCUCUUGGACAAGGGCAUUCACUGGAAAUCAAAUCUGAAAAUACAAGUAACUGUCUAUUAGAAACUCCUGAUGUAUAGCAAACAACCAAAAUUACAGUUUUCAGUAAUGUCACCAGGUAGCUUUUAGUCAUGCUCAGUGAAUGUCAUUAGCCAAGGCACAGGGUUUGCAUUAAAUGACCUUAAAUUAAAGUAUUUUUAAUUCCCUCUAAUGUAAAGCCUCUGCACCCAGUUCAGCAUAGGGUAAGAGUCACACCUCGAUAUUGAUCUUAGCAAAGCGGUAAUGCAGGGAGGUGGGGUUGCGCAGUAGCAGCUUUCCUCUAUGUUCUAUUGGCUGGUUUAGGAGGGUAUUAAGGAGACCUGCAACACUGACAAACCCCAGAGCCUCCCCACAGCCUGCAGACAGGGAGAAGUCACCCUGAGUGACCCACCCCAGAGUUACCCUAGAGCAGUGUGAAGUCACGCUUGGCAGAGGAUCCGGCCACAGGCCUAAGACGAGGUCUGAUGAAGACUGGGUGGGUGAUUUGGGUUCUUUGGAUGUAACUGGGUCUGAGUCAUCAGGAAAUUCUGAUCCUUUACCUUCAGUGUUAUCAGAAGAGGGAAGCUUCUUGGAGCCCUUCUUCUGACGUUUAAUUUUGCUUUUAAAGUGGUCUCUAUGUGGAGGCUCUUGGGGGCCACUACUUCCUUGAUGUUUUCCCAGUAGCUUUAGAUCCUCUGCAGUUGGCACACACAGCAUGGCAUGGAGUUCUGGUUUGCCCUUGGACAGCAGCGACGCACGCACCCACACCAGACUCAUUCCAUGUGCUGCGAGAAGAGACAUGACAGCUGAGCGGCUGACAGGCGGCACCUCCCCGACACAGCGCACCCUCUGACCUUUUGAUGUUGUAGGUCUGCACCAGGCAGACAGAAGCCUCAAAGGCUUUCUAUUUCUGGAAAGCAUUAAAAAAAACAGUAUCCAUUUAGAACAGGAGCUUAAUACUAAAAAGGAAAAGAUCCAUUUUCAUCUGCCCCAUUGGGUGCCCAGACAGACAUAAAAAUUUUCUUAAAUAACAUUUUUAUUUCCUCAAGCUAAAAGCAAAAAGCCAGCCAAUGAACUGUAAAAAUCCAUCCAACUUUAUUCUCAUAGCAUCAUUCACAUUACUCAAAGCUUAUGAGAGUGUUUCAUGAGGACAGAUGCAGCUCUUCUUCUCUACUAAUCUAUGUGAUGUAUUGCAGCAAUUUAAAGCUGGAUGUACUUUGGGUAUUCUCAUCAAGAGACAUUAUGAUGAAAGGGAGGUAGACUGGAAAAGCAUUAAGCCUGUCAAAAGCUCAACUGGUUUCUCUCAAUAUAAAUAUAUAUAUAUAAAUAUAUAAAUAUAUAUAUAUAUAUAUAUAUAUAAAAGGAAGCGAUAAUUUAAGCCCAAGGCUGCAAAAACACAUUUUACCCACGGCACCUUUAGAAGUCUGAUGCAUUAAUAUAGUUAGAAGAGUUGUUUAAAUGUUUUAAAUAUUAAAUCUUUGAAAAGA